AAAAACUGCAUCUACAGUUCCUCUAUACACUACUCUCACUCUCAGAUCUGCUUUCAUUUCUCUCUCUCGCUAGCACUUCCAGAUUCCAGAACCAGCUUCCAUCCCUUCGCAGAUGAGCCCUACAUUUCCAUCCAACGUAAUCCUGAACCCUUCUUCGUCUUCGCCUCCCUCCCAAAUCCACGCCACUAAGAAGAAGCAGCAGCAGCAGCAGGGUCUUCGAAGCCCCUUGCAUGUUCUCAAUGGCAUUUCCACCACCGGCAAUGGCGGCGGCAGCACCACUACCUGCAAUAGCGCCAGUAUCAGUAGUGACACUUCCUCCGCCUCCAUUGACGCCCCCAGAGGCUGCCUCAGGUUCUUUCUUUCUCAUUCCUCUUCUUCUUCCGCUAAUAGGCUUAAAGCAUCUUCCAAAACCCCCAAAUCCACUUCAAAUGUACGCUCGAUUAAACCUAUUAGAUCUAAGCCGCUAAAGGAGAAUGUUCCCAAACGCGCUGUUAAACACGAUUCUAGGCCUUCGAAACCUAGCUCGAGCAAGUCGGAGACGUUGAAGAAAAACUCUCCCUGUUUGUAUAGGUGGCAAUCCGGGAAGAAACCGGGUCCAGUAGGUAGCCAAAAGUCUCAAAUGUCUUCUCUAGCGACUGUGGAAAAGUUGGAAUCUGAUGGUGAGGAGUUGGAGAAACAUGGUUUAGUGAGGAUGGUUGAUGAUAAAUGUCGGCCUUCUGAGCUUAGUUUAUAUUCCAGUGCUUUCAAUUUCACUCCCCUGCGUAAAAUGGAGAACGGCUCAGAUUUGGAUUCCACAGUUGACAAGGCCGUAGAGGAAAAUUCAAACACAAGUCGUAGCAAAACACCUCCUGUUCAACCCUCUGCAUCGCCAGAAAUACAAUGUGAUUCAGCCCUCGUGUCUGCAGUUACACCUGUUUGCUAUGGUGCUGGCUACGUAGUUUCUGGGAUCUCUGAUAAGAGAAAGUGCAGACCAAGAGGGGUUCUCAUUGUCGGAGAGAAUGCUACCUCCAUUUCUAAACUCAAGCCUAUUCAGAAUUUUGAUAAUGAAGAAGAAGAAGAAGAUGGAAGCAUCACAAGGGACACGACUAUUUCAGCUGUUUUAAAGGUCCCUUCACCCAUUGGAGCUUCUAUGAAUUGGCUUUUGUCCCCCUGCAAUGAGGUGGAUGAGGAUCAGAAAGACAAGUCUCGAAAUACUUCGCCUCAGUCCGAGAGUCUUCCAGAGUCCAUCACACUUUGUUCUCUUCCUUCACCGUCAUCCGUUGAUGCUCUUCCUCCGGACGUGUACAGUCCUCCAGAGUUUCAAGGUUUCUUGGAGCCGUUACCCUUUCAGGAUCCAGUUCCCUCAUCUCCCACAUGCGCUCCUAAUUGCUUGGAUGUUAUUUUAAAUGAGGGAAGAAGACAACAAAGGUAUCAACUCAAUGAGGAGAACUCUCCAUUCUCAAUGGAUUCGUUAAGUAGUGAAAAUGUCAUCCGGACACCACAAUCAGACUCAAGUUCAGCUCAAAAAGUUUUCCCUCCGUGGUUAUCUGUAGAAAGUUGUGAGAAACAUGAUCAGAAUUCAUGGUCUGAAUUGUUCUCACUAGCAAAUCUAUCUCGGGACAGCCCUAAAGCAAUAAUGAGUACAACAGAUUUGAGUUUCCAAUUUGAUUGUCUGGCCACAAUAUCCAACUCCAUGGAUCUUACUCAAUUUCAGAAGAUUCUUGAUGAUCAGGCAUUUAGGAAUAGCAAUUCUUCCUGUGAGGAGUUGUUAAAAUCCCAGAUGAGAGUAUCAUGGAGGGAAGGGUUAAUGAGCCGUAUCUACGAGAUGGACGAGUUUGAUAGUUGCCGAUGCUUAUCAGAUGAAGAAGAAGAGACUGCAGAUUCUUGUAACAUUAGCUUGUCAGAUAACCUUGAGACUCAUCUGGAACACAAUGAUUGUGGGGCUGAUCCUAUGGUGACUAACAAUUCUUGUUUAAUAAGUGACAAGACCAAAUCAUAUGAAAAUUGUAAACAAAUAGUGUCUCAUCAACAACUACCAUGUUCUUGUGCGGAAUCCAUUAGCACGGAUGGAGGUGGCUUGGGCGCUUCACGGGACUCAGAUUGGAAUUUAUGCUACAAAAAUGGGUUGUUUGAUUCUUAACCUUUUAGUUUCACUCCCACUCCUAGCACAAUAAAUCUUACCAACCGCGUCAAGGAUGAGAAAGAAUGCUUUCUCAUUGGAUUUCAAACUCACCAUAGGACCACUAUUUGUAUCCAUUGUGUACCCUAAGUUUAUCUUUGUUUGAAUUGAAUUUCACUUCACCAUAUUUGAAUCUUUAUUCUGUCAUAUUAUAAAGACAGCGCCCAGUACCAAUAUGGUGGAUUUGUGAGGGAA